AUGCAGACCCGCCGGCGGGAGGGCACCACGCAAAUCGCCGCAGCGGCCGUCCCCGCGGGCGGGGACCGAGCCUGCAGCUAGAAAGCCGAGCCACCGGGCAGGCCGAACCGCUGAGCGCCCGCGCGCGGAGCCCUGACUCUAUGGCCCGGGGGUUGUGCGCCGAAGCCGCCGCGCCGCCCACCACCAGCCCGAACUCGAGCGCCAGCGGGAGAAAGAGCGCAGUGCCGGGAGCCGCUGGGCCUGACCCAGGGGCCCACCCGCGGCCCCCGUCCCUGCGGCGGGGAAUGGGAGACAGGUAGCCCGCUCGCGCGAGGACACCCGCGGCGGGCAGGACCUACCGAGGACCGCAAAACCCAGAGAGAGGGAGGAGAGGAGCGGCCCGCCCGUCCCUGGCCGCAGCCCCACCAGGGCCCUCCCCCGGCGGCGCGCACUCACGCGCGCACACACUUGCACACAUUUUACCUCCGCUCCUGCCCAGCCUCUCCUGCGCCCAGAGAGAGUAGCACCUCCUGGGACCCGAUGCCAUGGGUAACAACUUCUCCAGUAUUCCCUCUCUGCCCCGAGGAAACCCGAGCCGGGCGCCGCGGGGCCACCCCCAGAACCUCAAAGAUUCCAUCGGGAGCCCCUUCCCCGUCACUUCUCACAGAUGCCACCACAAGCAGAAGCACUGCCCACCAGUGCUACCCGGCGGGGGGCUCCCAGCCACGCCGCUGCUCUUCCACCCACACACCAAGGGCUCCCAGAUCCUCAUGGACCUCAGCCACAAGGCCGUCAAGAGGCAGGCCAGCUUCUGCAACGCCAUCACCUUCAGCAACCGCCCCGUGCUCAUCUAUGAGCAAGUCAGGCUAAAGAUCACCAGGAAGCAGUGCUGCUGGAGCGGGGCCCUGCGGCUGGGCUUCACCAGCAAGGACCCUUCCCGCAUCCACCCCGACUCGCUCCCCAAGUACGCCUGCCCCGACCUGGUGUCCCAGAGUGGCUUCUGGGCCAAGGCACUGCCUGAGGAAUUUGCCAACGAGGGCAACAUCAUUGCCUUCUGGGUGGACAAGAAGGGCCGCGUCUUCUACCGCAUCAACGACUCGGCAGCCAUGCUCUUCUUCAAUGGGGUCCGCACGGCCGACCCACUCUGGGCCCUGGUGGAUGUCUACGGCCUCACGCGGGGCGUCCAGCUGCUCGACAGCGAGCUGGUGCUGCCCGACUGCCUGCGGCCGCGCUCCUUCACCUCCCUGCGGCGGCCGUCACUGCGGCGCGAGACCGACGAGGCGCGCCUCUCGGUGAGCCUGUGCGACCUCAACGUGCCAGGCGGCGACGGCGACGGCGACGAUGGCAUGCCGGCGGCUGGUUGCCCGAUCCCGCAGAACUCGCUCAACUCGCAGCACAGCCGAGCGCUGCCCAUGCAACUCGACGGCGACCUGCGCCUCCACCCGCUGCGCUCGGGCGCUCACGUCCGCAUCCUGGACGAGCAGACGGUGGCGCGCCUGGAGCACGGGCGCGACGAGCGCGCGCUUGUUUUCACCAGCCGGCCCGUGCGCGUGGCCGAGACCAUCUUCAUCAAGGUCACGCGCUCGGGCGGCGCGCGACCCGGCGCGCUCUCUGUCGGUGUCACCACGUGCGACCCUGGCACACUUCGGCCCGCCGACUUGCCCUUCAGCCCCGAGGCCCUGGUGGACCGCAAGGAAUUCUGGGCCGUGUGUCGCGUGCCAGGGCCCCUGCACAGCGGCGACAUCCUGGGCCUGGUGGUGAAUGCUGAUGGCGAGCUGCACCUCAGCCACAACGGCAUGGCCGCUGGCAUGCAGCUGUGCGUGGACGCCUCGCAGCCACUCUGGAUGCUCUUCGGCCUGCACGGGGCCAUCACGCAGGUCCGCAUCCUCGGCUCCACCAUCCUGGCGGAGCGGGGCAUCCCGUCACCCCCCUGCUCCCCGGCCUCCACACCAACCUCACCCAGCGCCCUGCGCAACCGCCUCUCUGACCCCCUGCUCAGCACGUGCAGCUCUGGACCUCCGGGCAGCUCUGCUGGUGGGACAGCCCCCAACUCACCGGUGAGCCUGCCCGAGUCUCCAGUGACCCCGGGCAUGAGCCAUUGGAGUGACGAGUGCACCAUUUGCUAUGAGCAUGCGGUGGACACGGUCAUCUACACGUGCGGUCACAUGUGCCUCUGCUACGCCUGCGGCCUGCGCCUCAAGAAGGCCCUGCACGCCUGCUGCCCCAUCUGCCGCCGCCCCAUCAAGGACAUCAUCAAGACCUACCGCAGCGCCUAGCCCCGCGGCCGCCUUGGAGACCUCAGCCGGCCGCUGCCGAGGGCCGGCCGAGCCAGCGGGGCCCCUUCCCUUCCUCAUUUUGGAAAUUCUCUUCCUCCAUUAAACACAGGACCCCGAGGCUCCUGAAGGUUUGGGCACGCAGGAAGGCGGGGGCAGACGCGCAUCCCUGGGCGGAGAGGGGAGAAGGUCACACUCUCCGUCUUUCCCUUCUUUGCAUCAGUUCUUCCCUGCCUGGUGAGGGGCUGAACGGGUCAGCCUGUCCUACACCUUCCCUGUCUGGGGCAGGUUCUAGGAGGUCCCUGUAGCCCCCUGUGGCACCUUGGUGAGAAUUCAAAAGCGUGGACCUUCUUAUGGACACAUGCUGCCCUGAGCCAGGGCAUGUGGCUUGGUCCGUGGAGUAGGGACUGCAUUCUAGCCUCCAUUUGCUCCUUAGCCAAUGACUCUUGAGCAGUGCACAACCUGCUCAACAGCAGCCCAGGGUGGGCGGCUCCUGAAUUGCCAUCUCACUCUGACCUGGACCCACCUUCUCUUUUUCCCUCUUCCCUGCCUAUUGGGCCUGGCAGCUGGGGACAAGAAGGCCAGUGAACUUCUCUUACCCUGGGCUGUGGAGGGCUCCAGGUUCGGGAUUCCUGGCCCCUGCUGGGUCAUAGUUCUUUGCUAUCGCCCAGGAUUGCCCUUUGGUAUGGGGUGGGGGCAGGUGGUCUGUGGUGAAGAUCUCUAAGCACAGGCCUGGAGCUCCCCACCCCUGACCCCAGCCUGUCCUUCUGCAUCUCAGUGCUGGCCUGGGCCCAGGCUGAUCUCAGAGGCUGUACUGUGCCAAGGAGGGGCCCUGGCCCCUGGUGAGGGGGGGGGUUCCCUGGGCUAUGACCAGCCUUUUCCCUUAUUUUAAUUUAUUUAUUUAUUUGGUUGGUGGGUUUUAUUGGUUUGUGGGUGAAUUCCCAUCUCCUGGGCCCCUAGAAUUGCUGGCCUGUGUGUGGGUGCCUGGUGAGGGGGAAGCAGCAGUGAUCAUCACUCAGCUCUUCCCCAGACCCCACCCCGGAAGCUCCCAGCCAGCCUGAGUUGGAACUCCAUCAAAAAGGGCCAAAUUGGGCCUCCUCCUGGCAAAUUGUGUCCAUUUCCUAGAGAGGCAAACUGAGCCUCCGUAGUGCCCUGGGGUUGGUAGAUCACCCAGCAUCAUGAAAUGCCCCCCCUCCCUGGGCAGGAGCUGGCUUAUUAGGAACCUCAAGUGGCCCAGGAGUCCCCUCUCAUAAGGACAUGGUAUGUUCUAGGAGGGCUCAGGCAGGAAGCCCAGCAUGGGCCAGUGAAGGACUUGGGGACCUGCUUUUGGGAAAGGCUCUCCACCCUGGAGCAAGGCCUGGCUCCUGCCCUACCUACUCUUAGGUUAUGGUCACCUCAGUCCUGCCCACCUGUUCUGGACUGGGUCAGUGCAGUCUUGGCCUGGGACCCCCGUUUCCCAGCCUCCUGCCAUCAGGAGGCUCUUGUGUACCCUCAGAGACAGCUUCUCCCUUGACCAGCAGAGCCCGGGGUUCUAGCCCUGGCCACUGACCAUGUGUGGCCCUGGCCAGAUGGCUGCCCUCUGAACCUCAGCUUCCUGUGUGAGGUGGCUGUUUAGGGUGGGCAGACUUUCUGUGUGGCUCUUAGGGAGUUGCCAAGAGGUGGUAUAAGUGAAGCAUGGACAGGACUCCAGGCCAGACAGGCACCUGUGCUGGCCCGGCAGGGCCUGGGGGAAGUCCUGGGCCACUCUGGGUCAUGCUUCCCCAGACCCUGCCUCCUAGACCUGCCCUGGGAGUGGGCUGGGGCCAGCAAGUAGCCCCAUCAAUUAGGCAGGCAUCGGUCCCAGAGGUGAAGAAAGGUUUAAGUGCAGGGCUGCCCAGCGGGAGGCUGGGGAGAAGCCAUCACCCAUUGUUAGGCGGGGUGGCCGCUGCCUCACGCCUUUGUGAUUUGGGGUCACUGUGAUUGUCAAUAAAGGUGAUUUCAUACCA